AUGAAGCUGAACAUAAGUUUUCCAGCCACCGGCUGCCAGAAGCUGAUUGAAGUGGACGAUGAGAAGAAACUGCGUCCAUUUUAUGACAAGCGUAUGUCUGCUGAAGUGUCUGCAGACAGUCUGGGAGAUGAAUGGAAGGGCUACAUUGUCCGUAUCAGCGGUGGCAACGACAAGCAAGGAUUUCCCAUGAAGCAGGGUGUGCUGACCACCUCACGUGUCCGACUCUUGCUCAGCAAGGGCCACUCAUGUUACCGUCCUCGCCGUACAGGAGAACGUAAACGCAAAUCUGUCCGUGGCUGCAUCGUAGACAGUACUCUGAGUGUGCUUGCCUUGGUUAUCAUCAAGAAAGGUGAGCAGGACAUCCCAGGUCUCACUGACACCACCAUUCCCCGUCGUCUGGGCCCCAAGAGAGCCAGCAAGAUCAGGAAGCUCUUUAACCUGUCCAAGGAGGAUGAUGUCCGACAGUAUGUGGUCAGGAGGCCAUUGCCAGAGAAAGAGGGUAAGAAGGCAAAAAGCAAAGCCCCCAAGAUCCAGCGCCUGGUGACCCCGGUUGUCCUGCAGCGAAAGCGCCACCGACUGGCUCUCAAGAAAAAGAGGGUGGUCAAGAAACGGGAAGAUCACGCUGAAUACCAGAAAUUGUUGGCUGCGAGAAUUAAGGAGGCCAAAGAACGCAAAGCAGAAAGGAAGAGGUCCACCUCCAGGAGUAAAAGUGACUCUAUUCGAGAGUCCACAUCCAAGAAGUGA